GUUGCUGACAUUAGAACCUCCUUGAAAGAAAAAACAAACAUGUCAGGACUUCCUAAAAAUAACUUCACAGGGGUCGACUGGGCAGUCUUCUCAGGGCUCCUCAUCAUUUCGGCAUGCAUCGGGGUUUACUAUGCCCUGGCGGGAGGGAAGCAGAAGACCACCAAGGAGUUCCUGAUGGCCAACCGCAACUUGAAAAUAGUUCCUGUGGCCGUAUCUAUUUUGGUUUCAUUCCUGUCAGCCAUUUUGAUUCUUGGGGCACCUGCAGAAAUGUACACCAAAGGAACGCAGUAUUAUUUAUACGUAUUCGGACAAAUGACGGCUGCAGCACUGGCAGCUGUUUUGUUUGUACCACUUUUCUAUCCACUGAAAUUGACGAGCAUGUAUCAGUAUAUAGAACUAAGAUUCAAGUCCCGGGCAGCUAGACUGACAGCCACUGUCAUCAAUAUAUUUGCCUCUCUGAUAUAUACAGGAAUUGCAUCAUUUGCUCCAGCUACAGCCUUAUAUGCAGUGACUGGUUUUCCUGAAUGGGCCUCAUUUCUUCUGAUAGGUUUUGUUUGUACAUUUUACACUUUUAUGGGUGGUCUAAAAGCUGUGGUAUGGGUGGAUGCAUUCCAGUCCAUCAUCAUGUUUGGUACUCUGUUAACUAUUGUCAUAAAGGCUACUUUAGAAGUAGGAGGAUUUUCAAAGGUGUGGGAAUUGAAUGAUCAGUGGGGACGGAUCAACUUCUGGAAUUUUGAUUUUGAUCCAACAGUUCGGCACACAUUCUGGGCAUUAACCAUCGGAGGAAUGAUUAACUGGGUGGGGACCUUUGGAGCUAGUCAGCAGAGCAUACAGAGAUUUAGUGCCCUAGGCUCUCUGAAGGAGGCAAAAAUCGCUGUCUUGCUGAACUGUGUUGGACUUUUCGUAAUGGUGACAACAGCCUGUUUGGCUGGGAUUUCCGUGUUUGCUUUCUACGCAAUGAAAGGAUGUGAUCCUUAUACCAAUAAAGAAAUCAAAAGCUCAAAUCAGAUCAUUCCAUUGUUCGUGAUUCAAAUGCUACAUGUUCCAGGAGUACCUGGUUUAUUCAUAGCUGGUCUCUUUAGUGGGGCAUUAAGUUCUGUUUCAUCCAAUCUAAGUUCACAAGUAGCCACAUCAUGGGAGGACAUCAUAAAACCUCACGUUAAAAAUAAAUCUGAGGUCGUCCACGCGUGGAUAACCCGAAUGUUAGUGAUUUUGUUUGGGAUUCUUGGGUUAGGAGUUUCAUUUAUUGUCAGGAAGCUAGGAGGAACAGUUUUACAGAUCUCUCUAAGCUUUAUGGGUGCAGCCAGUGGAGCAUUGAAUGGAUUUGUGGUGUUAGGGGCAUUUUUUCCUUCAUGUAACUGGAUAGGCGCUAUGGUGGGGCCACUGGUAUCCUAUGCUGUGAUGAUGUGGAUAGGUAUAGCUAAGUACAGUGUGAUAGGAGUCAAAGAGAGGCUGGACUUUCCUACAGAAACCUGUGCUGCCGACCUUAACCUUACGACCCCUAUGACCUUAAUGACCCCCAUGACAUCAGUGAAUUUAAACAUUCUCAAUUAUUCCAUCCCUCAUUUCAACGGUUCUAUGGUACUGACCAAUAUUUCUACUAUUAUCACAACGCACGCUACUGAAGUUGCCAAAGACAGGUCACCUCUACAUGAUCUCUACUCCUUAUCCUACCUGUGGUAUUCCACCCUGGGACUACUUAUAGCUGUCAUUGUAGGACUAGGUGUCAGUGUUGUGACAGGUCCAAUGAAAAGAGAGGAGGUGGAGCCUGAAUACUUAAUCCCGGUCUGUGAUUGGCUGUGUUGUUGUCUCCCAGAGGCAUGGAGGAAGAAGAUUGGUUGUUGUACAAGACAGGAAGAGGAUCAGACAUUGAACAGUUCAGAAGUAACCAGAAACUCUGACAUUAAUCUGGUGCUCAUGGAUAAUAAAGAGACAGGUGAUGGGGACGGGACCCAGUUAAAUGGGCACCAGUCCAACCCUAAAUCAAACGUGCAGCUUUUGUACACAAGGAGUCUAAAGAACUCUUGAUAUUCGUAAUAACUGUGCAAUCCCUCCAAGUUUAAAUGGGGAUAAUUAUACUGGUUUGACAGUUAGUCCACUGUUAAUUUGUUAAGCUGUAAGCUUUAAUCCACUGAAUUUUUGUCAGUAGGUAGAAUUAAUUUUUUUAUGUAACAGUGACAGCAAAGCUAAGCUGUUUCAUUAUGUUUUGUUAAAGAGUACUUAUGAUCAAAGAACAUCGAUUUUUGUUUAUUUUGGUUUAAACUUUUUUGGGGAUAUUUUUGUUUACUGUUUACAUUUUUAUUACUGUGGAAUCAUCGAUGUUCGUGGGGGGACCAAUGUUGGUGGGUCACCCUUAUCCACAAAUUUAGAUCUCCACAAACAUUUAUUUUGUAAACAUAAUUAUUUAUUGAACCUUUUGUAUACUGUAAAAGCACAAAUAUUCGUGGGGGAUUAAAUUUCGUUUAUUUCAUUGUUAACAAUAUUCAACGAAAUUAAAUCCCACACGAAACUUUAUAUGACUAUAUAUUGAAUAGUCUUACUUUCAAAACAACGAAAUUAAAUGCCCACGAAACUAUUUUUGAUGACAAAACAACGAAAUUUUAUGCCCACGAAAAUUUGUGCUUCUACAGUAUAUAACUUACCUACAAAAUUAUGUACCCAAAAUUUUGCUUACCCACGAACAAUGACCCUGACGAAUUAAAAUGAUUCCACAUUAGUUCAUGUCAUGUUUGAAGUGCCACAGUUGUAGCAGUAUUUGAAUAUUUUUUGUUAUUCUCAAUAUUUGAGACACUGACUCCUGUAGAUCAUCAUGUUUUUAUGACGCCUUAUUUUCACGAGAUAGCAACAGUAAAGCACACUUUUCAUGGUAUUUCACUAAUUUUUGAAUUUAUUUGAUAUGCUACUAUGUAUCAUGACACAUUUUUACUCCUAUCUGAUGAUAAAUUACAAAUAUUUUUAAACCUGCAAGUAUUACACAGUGUUUGGACUAAACUUGUCUAAUUUGGAUCCUCUGAAUUACCUGUAUGAAAACUUUGACUCCUUUUCAAUAAGAGCAGGUUUUUUUUUUUAAUGUUGCCUUAUUCUGAAAGUUUUCUAAACUGAACAAUGUGUUGGGAUACAAUUUGUUUCCAGAUUUGAUAAGUUUCACUGUAUUUAUUCUUUCAAAUUUUUCUUUGGAAUAUGUCUUGUAGAUGAUAUUGGUUUUCAAGGAUUAUUCCUAACUGUGAGAUUUUUUAGAUGCUGCCCAGCUCUCAUUGUUUAGGAUUUUAAUGUGCUUGUUGGAGGAAAAAAAAUAUGUUCUUAAAGUUUAAUUCAUGUACAUGUAAAAUUUUGAACAAAAGAAUUUAAACAACAAUUUGAAAAUGAAUAUUUAACUGACAAAUGUUUUGCACAUUUAAGCUAAAUCAGUCACUGAUUUUUCAUCUUCAUUUGUGGAUGGAACGUCAACCAUUAUAUUGUAAUGAACGGCACCACUUCUGUUGACUUGCCAGCAUUAAAGUAUACUAGGUUCAGUCAUGGUACUUCAAAUUUUACUGAAACUUGAGUAAAAAUUUGAAAAUUUCUAUUUAGAUCUCAGAUUUAUAUUGUAUAAUUUAUUAGAUCAUAUACAUGUAUACUGGUAUAUCAUUUAUAAAUUUUUUUGAUAGAAAAAUUUAUGCAAAGUCAAUCUAUCUACCAUAGAACCUGCGAAACUAGGACAUGAAAUGAGACUGUUUAUAUAUCCUGGGUGGAUCCAUUAUUUACCAUUUUUUGUUGGGGUGGGAAGGAAAAGCUUGUAGAAAUGAUAAGAAGUAUUAAAUUGACAAUCAAAAUUCAUAUAUACCGGUAAAAGUACAAUUUUAGUGAAUUUGAUUUCAUUUAUAUACAGGUUUACAAUAUUUUAAAGCUAUGGGGAAGGUGAUGAUGUAUGCCUUCUAGAAUCCCAAACUAGUAUCCGUUAUUAUCAAAGUACAAUGAAAGAUAAACACCAUUACAUUGAUCGCUUUUCAAAAAGCUCAUCUACUAAAUUUUUCCACAUGUGAACUGCAUGCACUUUUGUAGUAAAAAGUUGAUUUUGGUAGCCUAAAAGAGGUUUUAAAACAAAGCCCAUUCUGGUCCAACUCAAUUUAUGCAUAUAAUAUAUCAACGAAUUAGGAUAUGUUUUGUUGGUUUUUGCUUGCCCAAGAAAUGAUCUUUUUUCAUAGAAAAAAAAAUCAAUGCUUGAAAUGGGAUGAGGCAUCUGUACUUAUUGGUACAUGCAGCAUACUAAACAUCAUGGAGCAUAUUUUUUAACAUAAUGUUCAUUGUGUAACACACUCUAAAUGUAUAUGUCCAAAAUGAUAUCUGACUUGUCUCACAGAAAGGUCAAAAGCCAUAUUACAGUAAACCAUGCUCACAGGAAUAACGAAGUGCCAGAUAUGGUUGGUUUUGCUUUGUUAUAAGCGUAAUUUAGCUGGAGAAAUGUAGCUCUCUGUUUGAAAAUAAUUGGAUAGAUAAAGCACAGAGCUACGGCUCAAUGCAUUGUAAAAAUCUCCGAUUAACCUCACUUCUUUUUUGUUGCUCACUUCAGUUAUUACUUCUUUAAUUUUAAGCUUUCCUUUGCUUUUAGAAUGAUCUCCGAUAAGUAAUCGUAUAUUUUACUCCAAUUAUUGAUACUUUAUUUACUUUUCAACGGUUUGAAACAGUUUUUGGAAUGUCGGUUUAUACGAUUCCCAUUUCUACGUCCAUAACCACAGUUAAACAGCUUUUUGAAACUGUCCAAACGUAUAUAUAAUUUCAAGGAUAGGAGUAAAAUGUUUGGUUAAGUAUCGGAUAUCAUUUUUAAAAACAUAAAAGAAAUUAUACUUAAAAUGAGUGACAAGAAAAGCGGCGGUGUAAAUCGAAGGUUUUCACAACGCUUGGACCUGUAGCUCUCUGCCUUAUAUGUUCAAAUUUUCUCAAGCAGAGAGCUACAGUUCUGCAGAUAAAUUCGUUAUGUCCGUUAAGUUUACAAUAUGUUUCAAAGUAACAGGGAGUGAAGAUCACUUCGCUGGAAGUAUCAUUUCAUUUUAUGUGUGUUCGCUAUAAGCGGGAUUUACUGUACUUAAUUGCUGUAACAUGAUAUUGUUUCUUAUUUGUAAAUUGCUAUAAAUGUAUUAUAUUUAGCUAUACGAUAUUUGGCGGAAAUUGACUUUUAAAUAAGUUAGCGUAGAUUUGAUUUAGUGCGUUUCUUCAUAGUCUUAUUUAUGUGUGUACGAGCAAUACAUUUAGCUAUGUACUUGAUUUAGCGGUUGCUGCAAUCCGCCAACGCCGCUAAAAAGAGUACACAGCCAAAUGUAAUACGAUUACAGUAUAUUGGAAGAGGUUAAGUGGAGUUUUUAUUUACCAAAAGCAAAAAUAUAAAUCUGGUAUUACGUAGCUUUUUUUCACUUUUGUGUUCCGUUUUCUCACCCAUUCACUGUGUUACAUAAUCAUGACAUUUUCUGUUAUAGUGUAGAUUUACUUACCUAGUCAAAUGCAUUGUAUCUGAUUAAAAUUAAAAAAAAAAU